CGCACGCAAAACGUUCUCUCUGGGGGAAAUAGAGGAUUUAUUAAGGGUAACAAUGCGCUACUAUAUGCCGUGUGCUGUACAGGGAUAGCAGCGAAAGUCACCGCCUCAGAGAGCGUACUGUGUAUGUAUGGGAUCUAGUUUUGUAAAUCCUUAUUCGGAGGAGUCCAUCCAGCUCAUUGCAGUCAUCGUUUCAAUAGUCUGAGUGACAAUUCUUCAUCAUGGCUCAAGGAUCCAGUGAUCAGAGUAAUGUGGAAAUGUCUGACCCAGAGGAGAGCUCUCCAAAUAUGAUUGUCUACAGAAGGAUUGAAGAGAUCAUUACAAGAAUGCAGGAUGACAAAACAGGAGGAGUUCCCAUCCGAACAGUCAAGAGCUUUCUGUCUAAAAUCCCCAGUGUUGUCACAGGUGCUGACAUUGUACAGUGGCUCAUGAAGAACCUCAUCAUUGAGGAUCCAGUGGAAGCAAUACACUUGGGAAGUCUUAUAGCAGCACAGGGCUAUAUCUUUCCAAUCUCAGACCAUGUCCUUACCCUGAAAGAUGAUGGGACUUUCUAUCGUUUUCAGGCCCCAUACUUUUGGCCUUCAAACUGCUGGGAACCAGAAAAUACAGAUUAUGCCAUCUAUUUGUGCAAGCGGACCAUGCAAAACAAAGCCAGGCUGGAGCUGGCAGAUUAUGAAGCUGAAAAUUUAGCAAGACUGCAGAGGGCUUUUGCACGGAAGUGGGAAUUCAUCUUUAUGCAAGCAGAGGCCCAAGUGAAAAUUGAUAGAAAAAAGGAUAAAACUGAAAGGAAAAUUUUGGAUAGCCAAGAAAGAGCCUUUUGGGAUGUUCACAGGCCAGUGCCAGGUUGUGUGAACACCACAGAAAUGGACAUCAGAAAGUGUCGCCGUAUGAAAAACCCCCAGAAGGUUAAAAAGUCAGUAUAUGGCAUCGCAGAAGAUUCUCAGCCGCAGAGUCCUGUACAUGUGCCCUCCCAACCCAUACGAAAAACGACAAAAGAGGAUUUCCGAAAACAAAUAACCUUUCUGAAUGUGCAGAUAGACAGACACUGUUUAAAAAUGUCCAAGGUAGCUGAAAGUUUAAUAGCUUACUCAGAGCAGUAUGUGGAAUAUGAUCCUUUUAUAACUCCCGCUGAACCUUCCAAUCCUUGGCUAAGUGAUGAUACUAUCUUAUGGGACAUAGAAAUGAGCAAAGAACCCAGCCAACAACGAGUGAAAAGAUGGGGGUUUUCCAUGGAUGAGGUGCUGAAAGACCCAGUGGGGCGAGACCAGUUUCUUCGUUUUCUGGAAUCAGAAUUCAGCUCUGAAAACCUUAGGUUUUGGUUGGCUGUCCAAGAUCUCAAAAAACAACCUCUGCAAGAUGUAGCCAUCAGAGUGGAGGAAAUCUGGCAAGAAUUUUUAGCUCCUGGGGCACAAAGUGCCAUCAACCUGGACUCACACAGCUAUGAGAGAACAAGCCAAAAUGUCAAGGACCCAGGGAGGUAUACCUAUGAAGAUGCACAGGAGCACAUUUACAAGCUGAUGAAGAGUGACAGCUACGCACGUUUCCUCCGUUCUAAUGCUUACCAGGACUUAUUGCUGGCAAAGAAGAAGCCAGAGAAUGAGCAAGGUCGUAGAACUUCUCUAGAAAAGUUCACUCGCAGUGUGUGUUGCUGGCGCAGAAUGGCUGCCGCGUUACACCCCAGAGGUCGCUACAUUCCAGCGGUGGGGAAAGUCUCUGGCGGGCAAGCGCCUCACAGGCCUGAUGCAGUCCUCCUGACAGCUUCAGCUGAGCGAGCCAUUGCUGACAACCCUGACGAACAGCUGCAGUCAACCUCCGCAGAGGAUGUUUCAUUUUGGGGAGAAUGGGUCACAGUGAGAGAAAAAGAAUGAGAGCAGAGGGGAGAAAAAGGAGAGCAAGAUGGAGAGAUCGGCUCACUGGAGGUUCCUCUUUUCAUAGUUUACAUCAACACUUUCUUACUUGUACAGCUUUAUAACAGCACUGAGUUCUCUAAAGGUACUUUGCUUCCUACUUGGUUUUGGAGGAGCACGCUGCACUGUAUACAGAAGGUCAACAAGGCAGAGGGCUUAGUAUCUUAUUAUUUAAGGAACCAGUCCUAACUGCAACCUAGAGAAAGAAGAGCUGAGCAACAUCAGUAUUAUCCCUUCAUCUCUUCUCUCCCUGGUAAAAACACGGCUGUAACUGAAGCCACUAUUGUCCCCACCACCCACUUGUUCCCUUUCUUGUGGCCAUCUGGAUCCAAUAAAAUAUCUACCAGAAGCUGCUUCGCCUGCUCAAAACAAAAUGUCUAAUUCAUUUCUGCUGCAGACGGAAGCAAUUUCUUUGACUCAAUAUUUUUUUUUAUUUCCUCUCCUCUUUUAAAAUAAUGGUGGGAAAACCACUUCUUUUGGCUUGCUGUCCUCUCAAGGGCUGGUGGCAAAAGUGCAUGGCCAGAUCCUCAGCUGAAGUCAGUGGACCUUAACUAAUUCACACCAGCUGAUGAUCCAGCCCACAGAGUCAAACUGAUCACAAUGUAAAUCCUCUGACUUACUGGAGUUACUGUGCAUGCACAUCAGUGCAAAUAUGACUCUACCCAGUGGUCACCAGGCAAUGUUUGAGAUGUAUAAUACACAUGUGCACACACACAUCGCCACACAUACACACACAUGCAUAAAGUAUUUGAAGGUAUUAUACUGUA